CCUCGUCCCAGCUGCAUCCUCAAUUAUUGAAGCAUUCACGAAGAUUUGAGCUUCUUCGCCGUCUGCAAGCACCCGUGGAAUCUGCCGCAUCAUGGCCGGCAAUUAGUUUCGACCCGAUUAUCUGGACUCCCCAAGAGACUUUGUUAGGCACCCUUGCUUUCGCAGCAGCAAUCGAUCGAUAAGGCCAAAUCGGUGGUCCUGUCUAUGGAGGAGGCUUUAGGACCACAACGCCAUGGACGGGUAUGCGCCGGCCUAUGUGGCUCAUAAUGUACCUCUGUUGGUGGUCUCUGGACUGGGCUCUGCUCAACAGGAUCGCGCAGACCUGAGUAUAGAAGGAGUACGCAUAGCCUCUGAAGUACUCCCGGUGGAAUCAGAAGAUGCGCAGGUCUUACUUCGGCACUUCAAAGACAGUGAUGCAGAUGGACUCCCAUGGAAUGGCCGGGAGUAUAGUGGGAGGAAGAAGUUCAAGGUUAAGAUUGUUGGAAGGGAAUACGUUUUACCACUUCGUAGCGCUCGACUUCCCGAAUCUUCACGAGUACUCGAUUCCCAUACCUCUUACCCAGUAAACCGCCCGGUUCUGCAUUCGCCGUUGUCACCUUUGACCCCUGGAGCCUCCGUUUUUCCCGACGGCCUUGUCGAUCCAAGAUGGGUCGAAAAGCAUCAAGACCUCGUUCCGAGUGCCUACGUCUCUUUCUACGAAUUCACAUCGGAUCCGAAGUUGGCAAUACUUCAUGAUAAUCAAUUGAAAUCGGAUAUAAACAAUACCAAACGUAUAUUGAGUCAAUCUGGUUAUAGGACCCGCCUUAUAGUUGCUUUACUGAGCGAGGGAUCUAUUAUAAAGUCUCCUGAGGUCGAAGAUCGUCUAAUCAACAUCCGUAAAGCAACUGGUCUCGAUUCCAAGACCUCUCUCUUUUUCCUGCCUCCCCAAAGCUCACCCGUGGAACUCAAGGCGUUUGUUGAAACGAUCAUCUCGACAAUAUAUCCCCUUUGCAUAGAAUACUACAGGGACUUGAGCAAGCACUCGAGGCGCAAACGAAAUAGAGGCAUUAUUCCUCUACCCACGUCCCCGCCUACCUCGGGCACAUCACAAACCUUAUCUAGCCAGGGCUGGAAUGUGCGAUAUGACUUCAAGCUCGGAGUAUUUGCCGAAUUCCGGCAAGAGAUGGAUGCUGCUGUUCGCUCAUAUGAAAGUGGUUAUGAUGCCUUGCUUGGGCCAGAUGUUUUCGAGGCCAUCGCCAGCUGGAGCCCCCGAUGGGAUGAAGCUCGUCUUCUCGCCGAUGUCUUUGCUAUACGUAUCUUACGCUGCUUACUUUGGAAUAGGAAUUCAACAGCGGCUGUCCGGCGGUGGCAUUCACACCGUGAAAGGAUACGUGACUUCGUUGAUCGAAGAGGUAAAGGCUCGUCUACAUAUGGUUGGGAGGCUUGGGAGGCUCGAUGGGCCACCGUGAUGGCUGAAAUCAUCGAGAAGGCCUCAAUCAGUGAAUUCACAUCGGAAAGCACGUCUUUCUACUUGCAUCCAGAGAAGAGCAUCACCAUCGGGGAGAGGUUAGAGCCCUUAGAAUGCCUUCACCACCCGGGUUACUGGUUUUAUCUGGCCUCAAAGCAUCUCAUGCACCGCCGUGCUCGCGCUCUCGCAAUCCCGGAAGAAGACAGGUCUCCUCCUGGCUGGUCUCCAGCUUCACAGAUUGCGAGUAAGGCGUACACUUAUGACACAUACCUCUGUCCGGAACCUCAUGAAGAGAAUCCGCUUCCCGGACGCAAAGGCGUUGACCAUUCUCUGCUGAUUAUUGAGUCCUUGACAAAAGCGAUUGCUGAGUUCGAGAAAAGAAAACAGACACGCCUAGUGCACGAGCUGUCCCUUCAAUCAGCAAAUGAGAGCAUGAGGCGAGAGGAUUGGGACACUGCUCUGCAGAUUCUUCGUCCUCUUUGGCAGAAAAUGUCAUUCAGGAGGGAGGGUUGGUGGGAUGCUGUAGAAGAGAUUGGAUGGGCACUGAGAAAUGCCGCUGUACAUGUAGGAGAUGGCGGAACAAUCGUUGCUGUGGACUGGGAACUCUUGAAUAGAAGUUUCGUUUAUCGUCCGAAGUGGCAUUAUGACAUAACAAAAUCCUUAGAGGGCGUUAAGCAAGUCACGACCAAACCAGUGGUUGUGCUUCAUGAUCAAGAUGUCCAUUCAUUUUUAUCGGCGACCUUCGUUUUUGAGCAGGCCGAGGGAAAAGUUGGUGAGCUCUGUCAUUAUCAGUUGGCGGUCACAUCAAGCGCUCUGCCAGCAUCGGCCCCAGUAACAAUGGCCGAAGUAAGGAUAGAGUUUGAUGGUAGCAUGAAGCCUCUUAUAUUGCGACAUAAAAGUACCACCGAAGAUAAUACGCAGGACCGGGGCGAGGUUCUCCUAAGCACGGUAUCUCUUUCUGAUACUCUCUCUGGAAAACGAAGUUCACAGUCCGGAUCAGGUCAGGAUAGACGGCCAACCUUGACUGGAGAGGAUGAUCUUACCUUUCGGCCGGGCCAGACCCGAGUAUUUGGGUUCAGCAGCCUGCUGAGAGAAGCUGGGGAUGCAACUGCAGUAUCUGCCACAUUUUCUCUAGCUUCCGAACACUUCGAUCUUGAUUACGUCCAGAGAUUUGAAAAUACGACUGCUCCAGACGUAUGGUGGGGAGAGCGCUCUGUAAAGAGGAGACUGGUUCGCCCCAACGCUUCUACGAUCACAGUACUUCCAAAGCCACCGAAGGUGGAAAUGCGUUUUAUUGAGCUACAAGAUCAAUAUUACACAAACGAGAAUAUCACCCUGCAACUUGAGGUCAUCAAUGGAGAGGACGUCGAUUCGAUUACGAGUCUUGACGUGCGCUUGCUAGGGGAUCGCUCACCACCUCUAACGUUAAAGCUGGCUGCCGCAUCUGAGACAGAAACAGAAACAGACAGGAGCAAUUCUCUGCCAGGACUUUCAAUUGGGAAGAUCGCAAGUGCAGCUUCGUCCCUUGUUGAGAUUCUCAUUCCAGCUAUCGACUUGCCUGCGACGUACGAUCUGAUGAUGAAAGCCUCCUACCACCUCGUGUCUGACAUGGAAACUCCUAUAUAUCGUUCUGUUGUGACCCAACUCACGCUUAUCAACCCCUUUGAGGCCAACUAUGACUUCUCCCCUCGUAUUCACCCAGAUCCGUGGCCAAGUUUCUUCAACCAUGAUGAGACAGAGAAUACGGGAACAGCCUCACAAGACAUUGCAGUACACGGCCUGGCGCAGCAAUGGUGCCUAACUAGCCGAUAUUUUUCAUUUGCAGCAGAGGACUUGAUUGUUGAGGACAUCGAUAUCGAAAUACUCAGCACAAAUGGUGCCAUUAAGUGCACCACGAAUAAAGCCUCUCCCAUACCUUCCGGUGGCAUCCGUGUGAGCCCUAAAAGUCUCGAGGAGGCUGAAUUCGAUGUCUUCACUCAAAAAAUAUCUUUGGAUGACAGAAGCACAGCAACACUCGACGUUUCGUUGGCAAUAAAAUGGCGUCGUGAUAAAGAGGAUUCUACCUUGAACACUACCAUCUUAGCUGUUCCUCGGCUUCUUGUUUCAAGCAAUGAGCCAAGGGUCCUUGCUUCAGUGUCUUAUUCGGGAACUAUCCAUUCUACAGUCCACUUCGAUGUGACGAUCGAGAAUUCGUCAAGCCACUUCCUUACUUUUGGAUUAAACAUGGAACCCAGUGAAAAAUUCGCUUUCUCUGGCAUGAAACAGGCGACCCUACAGCUUGUUCCACUAUCAAGACGGACAGUGAGGUUUAGACUGAUACCUUUUGUCCGUGGUGACUGGAUAGGGCCCAUUCGCUGCGUUAUAAGGGAUAGGUAUUUCCAAAAAGUGCUCAAGAUAGCCCCCACAGAGGGAAUGAAGAUCGAUAAGGACGGAAUACUCCUUUGGGUCCCUCCAGAUGAAGAAUUCUAGACCAUCGUGAUGGGCGUGACAACGAAACGCCAAAUCGUGAUGAAAUGAGAUGAUCAUGCUAUAGACAGGGACGGAACGGACAGUGUCGGGGAUAUAUGGCAAUAAUAAUCUAUGGUAUCUAUCCUCUGCCCGAUUAUAAUUUGCCCUUGGGUCGUCUCGGGGGGCCGCCUACCCGCUUUUGCCAUUCUUGUGACACAGUCGACUUCUCUAUCAGACUCUUCUUCGUCCAUUCCAAGUAACUCCUCAUUUCCGCAUGGAAUCUUUGUAUCUCCUGACCGAACCAAGGAGCUGCAGCGUCAGCACAUUGAUCGCUUGCCUCCAUAGCUACAAGAUGACCAAUCCCUUUCAGCACCACUUCCUUCACCCUGC